UCUAUUCUCACAGAUGAAUAAUUGGUUCGCAAAAUUACGUGGUAAUAAAGAUCAAAAUAAUCAACAGAAUCAACAGGAUGAUCAGAAAAAAGAUGAGAAAAAAGAAGAUGUAACAACGAUACGUCCACCAAUGCCAAUGGGACCAGCUGCAAUGUAUCCACCGAUGCCAAUGUAUGGUAUGGCAGCUGGACCUGCAUUUGGUCCACCAUUUGCUGGUAUGGUUUCCGGUGGACCACCAAUGUUUCAUAGUCCAAUGACAGCAAUGUCUACACAUCAAUUUGCUGCACAUCAUCAUCCACCAGCACCACCACCACCAAGACAUAUGAUGCAUGUUGGUCCAUCACAUACACAUGGUUUUGGUCCAUUUAUUGGUGGUUCUGGUGGGCCAAUAUUUUCACCAUAUUCACAGCCAUCACAUCUUAUGCCCAUUCAUAAUGAUUUUGGUGAUACAUAUGGUUCAUAUGGUGGUCCAUAUUCAAGUGAACCAAAUGAUCCAACUGAAACAUUCCAAGGUGGUGGUCCAAUGUUAGGUGGUGGUGGUGGUGGUCCCGGUGGACAUCCACAUCACCAUCAUCAUCAUCAUCAUCAUCUUUCUGGUUCAAAUGCCGAUUCAAUGAGCGAUUCGGCUCCUGGUUCAUCUAGCUAUGAUGAUCAAUACAAUAAAUGAUGAUCGAUAAUGGAUAAAAAAAUUGAAACACAAAUCAAU